AUGGGAGAAAUUAUUUAAUUGAGUUUUGGAGAUAUUGCAAAUAAUAUUGGACACUAAUAUUUAGAGAAACUGAUUGAUGAUCAUUGUCUAGAUGAUAAGAACAACUCAACAAAAGAUUAAUAUAGACAAAAAAUUCAUGUAUCAUUUGAGGAGUUAAAAACUCAAUAAUAUUAGUUUAGAGGAAUAUUUGUUAAUUCAAGCGAUUAAUCCAUCCAUAAACUAUUAAUAUCUCCUGAAUCUGAAUACAUCAAUAAUGAUUUAAUACUGGAGAAUGGAAAUAGAAAUAAAUCAGGUACCUUUUCAAAUAGCUAAUUGAACUUUAGAGAUUAAAUAAAAGAUAAACUGUUUGAAAAAUUGAGACAUUAGAUUGAGAAAUGUGAUAAAUUUUUUGGAUGUCAAUUUGCUCAUUCAACUUAUGACUAUUCAUCAGGUUCAUCGUCAGUAGCAAUAGAUUCAUAUAAGGAAGGCUAUCCUUAUUCUCCAUUUUGCAGUUCUUUUUCUAUACUUCCUAAUAUUGUAAGUUCUAAUACAAUUGAGAUUUAUAAUACUUGUUUUUCAAUGCAUAAAUUAAUUGAGUAUUGCGAUGUUGUUAUGCUAUUUGAUUAUGGAGCUUUAGAAAAUUAAUUGACAAAACUAAGAUAAUUAAGCACUCUUGAAAAUUGCAAUAAUGUAAUAGCUGAAUGUUUAUUAUAAAUGAAUUGCUCUUAACGAUUUCCUGGUUAUUAGAAUGGAGACUAAAAAAAAUUAUCUACAAAUCUAAUUCCUUUUCCUCGUUUGCACUUCUUAACCUGUGCAUUUACACCUAUUGAAAUUGUAUCGGAUUUGAAUUAAAAAUUAAUAAAUUUAUGUCUGCCUACUAACUCUUAUUUCAGCUUUCAAAACGCUACUAGAAAUUUGUACCUUUCUCAAGCUUUUAUUACUAGAUGCAAUUCAUAUUAUUUAGAUUUUUAAUAUGCUUUGUCAAAAUUAUAAAAUAACAUAGAAUGGAUACCAGAUGCUGUAUUUCACAUCAAUUGUAAAAUUGAAAAUAGAAAUUUAGGAAAAACAGCUAUGCAUGUGGGUAAUCAUAGGGAUUUAGGGCACAGUUUUAAAUAACAUUGUGAGAUAUUUACUGCAAAUUUCAGAAGGAAAGCUUUCAUCCAUUAUUAUUUAUAAGAUGGGAUGGAUGAAAUGGAAUUUACUGAGGCUGAGUCAAAUAUGAAUGAUUUUAUCUCUGAGUAUUAAGAUUAUUGUUAUGGUUGUGAAAUAUCAGAAUAUGAAGAAGAGGAGUAACAAUCUGAAUACGACUUUUGA